UACUCGUACGUAUCCGAUUGGUGGGCAAAUUUGCCCUUCCCCUAUGUUAAAAAAAUCAAGACUAACUGUCAACUGUCGUAGUCAUUCAGUAUUCCGGUUAUUGCUUUUUAAUCAUUAUUCAAUUUUGGAAAGUUGAAAACUCUGAAUAACACUGUUAUUAAAUAUCAGAGUUGUAUGCCUUGUGGAUAUAGCAAUGAAUUGUAGGAUAAGAACUCUCAUCCUGGUGGUUUUAUUAAUAGGUGGAGUAAUAGGUGAUAAUGCUGAUGAUGAUGACAUAACAGUUGAAACAGUAGAUGAGUCAGUUCCUGAUGUUGCUUAUGAAAGCCCAGUCCCAUUAGAUCCCAAGAAAGUGUACUUCGCAGAACAUUUUGAUGAUCCUGCACUAUUUCAAAAGCGAUGGAUUAAAUCUCAAGCUAAAAAAGAAGGAAUAGAAGAAGACAUAGCAAAAUAUGAUGGACAGUGGGAAGUAGAAGCUGCAACAAAGGAUAGCUUACCCAAUGACAGUGGUUUGGUACUCAAAACUAAAGCCAAACAUGCAGCGAUUUCAGCGCAUCUAUCAAAGCCGUUUGUGUUUGCGGAUAAGCCAUUGAUCUUACAGUAUGAAGUACUGUUACAAGAAGGCCAAGAAUGUGGAGGAUCUUACUUAAAAUUACUAAGUGAAGGUCCAGAAUCCAAGAAUCUCAAUAAUUUCCAUGAUAAAACUCCCUACACCAUUAUGUUUGGGCCUGAUAAGUGUGGAAACGAUCAUAAAUUGCAUUUUAUCUUCAGGCAUAGAAAUCCAUUGAAUGGUAGCAUCGAAGAAAAACAUUGUCAGAAGCCAAAGGAACGCCUAGAGGAGUACUUUUCCGAUAAACUUCCCCAUUUAUACACCUUAGUUCUAAAUCCAGACAAUACUUUUGAAAUUUCCGUAGAUAAGAAAGUAGUAAACUCUGGAAGUCUACUUGAAGAUUUCGUACCUCCAGUAAAUCCUCCAGCCGAAAUCGAUGACCCUAAUGAUAAAAAACCAGAAGAUUGGGAUGAGAGGGAGAAAAUUCCAGAUCCUGACGAUAGAAAACCAGCUGAUUGGGAUGAAGAUGCUCCACCACAAAUAUUUGACGAAUCAGAGUCGAUACCAGAAGGUUGGUUAGAAAACGAGCCAACUCACGUUCCAGAUCCAGAUGCUAUAAAACCAGCAGACUGGGACAGCGAUAUGGAUGGUGAAUGGGAACCACCAUUGAUAGAAAAUCCAGCAUGCAAAGCUGCCGCAGGAUGUGGACAUUGGGAACCCCCAUUGAUCAAUAAUCCAAGUUAUAAAGGUAAAUGGAGACCACGUCUCAUUACCAAUCCUAACUAUAAGGGAAAAUGGAGGCCUAAGAAGAUUCCAAAUCCAGAUUAUUUUGAUGAUCAACAUCCAUUCAAGAUGACCACUGUGUCUGCCGUUGGUUUAGAGCUUUGGUCGAUGUCUCAAGAUAUUCUUUUUGAUAAUUUACUCAUAACAGAAGAUAUAACUAUAGCCAAUAAAUGGGCUUCUGAUACCUUUGACAAGAAACGUCAAAAAAUUGCCAAGGAUUCGGAAAGCUUUGUUCAAAGGUUAGCUAGCCUUACUAACGAAUAUCCAUUCCUAUGGGCGGUUUACAUUCUUGUCCUUGCUGUACCUGUAAUAUUUAUUUUGUACCUUUGCUGUAAACCCAGUUCCUCUGCUAGUCAGAAACAGGAAAGAGAGGAACUCAAUAAAGCGGCAGAAACAAAAAAGACUGAUGAAUUGACUGAGGGAGUCGAGGAAGAGAAUGAAGCACCUGAAGCUGAAGAGGAGGAAGGCGAUGACGAAGAACAAGAGAAAAAUUCUGAACCUGAUUCAGAUAAUGAAACUGCGGAGCCUGAAGAGGGAGAAAAGAGCCAGCCUUCAGGAGACGGUACGAGAAAGAGGAAAGUCAGAAAAGAAUAAAAAGCGAUUGGAUUGAAUCGCAUUAUGUUCGUGUAUAUUUUCGUCAACACCAAAAAAGAAAAAAUAGAACUUUUUCUAAAUUAUUGAUGUGUACGAUUGUAGCUGAAUUCUCAUUACGUUUUAUUUAAAACUGUAUCGUCACUAGGUAUCACCUUGUAUAUGUUCUUUUCGUUCCAAGACUUGUAUAUACUACACAUAAAAAGAUGGAGGAAUUGCGUUUUAUUUAUUAUUACUUCUAGCCAAUAGACAAAUUAUAAAUUCACUUUUUUACAUAGUAGAAAUAAAAAUGUUUGUAAUCUUAAUUAUUUGAACACUUUAAAUGAGCAUGGGCUUUAAAAAAGUCAAAUGUUUGCCAAUCAAUGAACAUUGAUUAGUUUGAGAUCAGUUUGAUUAAAUUUUAAGAAUAAAAAUUAGAUUUUUUACGGAUAUUUAACCAAAUAUGGAAGAUUUCUUUAUAAAUGGGAUUAUUCGACAAUUAAGUUUGAUACUACAGUAAAACCUACGCGUGCCUACGCUAACCGAAAUAAUUGUGGGGGGGGGGGGGGUCGAAUUUCGGAUAAAAAUAACAUUGUUUUUUGUAUUCUUCUUGUACCAAAUUACAUUUGGUCAAAGUUAGUAUUAAAAAGGACUAUGACGUGAUUGCGUUCUUUAGUUGUUUGAAAGCAAUGUUGACGAUGUUGAAAAAUUAACAUUAAAUUGUUUCGAUAACGUUUUGCGAUAAAAAUUUACUUUUUAUUGACAAAAUUAUUGAAACUUUCAGCCGUUUCGUUUAAAAACGAUUUUUCGAUUAAAAAGGUUUCGGUUAACGGAGGUUUUAUUGUAAUAUGUUUAAUUUAAUCAUAUUUCUGUAUGGACCAAUAUGUAUUUAUUAGUUGUAAUUUAAACACGGUAUACCUUGUUUAUUGUAAACAGGUUGUGACAUAAUUUGCUGAUACAAUUUUCAGAUGCAAAAAAGAAAAAAGACAUUACUAUAACAUUUGCUUGUGAGCAAAUUAUUUGAACAAUUGGUAUUUUGCACAUUUGUAUCGAAUCAUAACUUCUAAGAAAUAACUUCUAAUCGUAUUUGCAUAACUUAAUUAACGUGGAUGAAAUGAAUAAGUGGAACAUUUUUAUCGAUAAUUGGUAUACGUUUUUUGUGGUUGUCGAAUUUUCCGAUUUAUAGAAAAUAUUGCCAUUUCCUGUUUUUUAUGCCAUUAAUAUCUCAUUUAGUACGUACUAUUUCUUAUAAGAAACGGUUUCCUCGGUGUACUAUCUCUUUUAGUAUGUUUUAUUAGUAUUUGAAUUUUAUUUUGUAUUGUUAAAAGAAAACCGAUUUCUGUGGAUACUUCGACCAAUAAAAAUGAUACCAAUAUAAAA